AAGCUUUCACGCACAGCGCUCCACUCGCCGUUGUUCGCGUAUAUUCCUGCAGCAGCAAUAGAACCCGCGUUGCAACGACCGUCUCGCGGCUCUCUCGACGUUUCCCAUCCCGUCUCCAGAGCAAGCAAGCUGUCCAGACCGUCGGCUGAGAGCGGCUAGUUAUCGGACAGACACAACACCGAGAGGCACCCAGGAUGCUGAGACUAGGAACAUCACUGGUCCGCCAUGGCGCGCGUUCUUCUAGCUGGCAAGCCGCCCCGGCUGUCGCAGUCGCGACGGUGCGAUUGAGCGCUCUUAGCAGGGGGGGCGCCGCAGCUGCUACUGCAAGGGUAGCACCGACGACGGGGGUAUGGGCAAGACAUGGGGCGAUCGGCGGGUCUCACACCCACUUCGUUCGUCAUCUAUCCUCCGGGAGCGAGGAGGUCAUUCCCGUGCCGAGCAUGGGAGACUCCAUCAGCGAGGGAACCAUCGUCGAGUGGGCCAAGCAGCCAGGGGAUUCGGUGGAGUUGGACGAGGUGGUUGUGGUCCUCGAGACGGAUAAGGUAAGCAUCGAUGUCCGUGCGCCGAGUGCGGGAACACUCGUAGAGCAGAUGGCGGCCGAUGGCGACACCGUGGAGGUUGGCGCACCUUUGAUGAAGCUCGAUACGGCCGGAGGGGGGGGUGGGGGAGGGGCAGCGGCGGCCGCACCCGCGCCUAAGGCGGCAGAACCACCCAAAGAGCCCGGCGCGGCAGCUGCCCCGAAGCCGUCCCCGGCGCCUAAGCCGGCACCCCCCCCCGCCGCCGCCGCCGCCGCCCCGGCUCCGGCUGCCGCACCCGCCGCGGGGCAGAAGGUGGCGCUUCCGCCGAUCAGCCCUGCCGCUAACGGUGACCGCACCGAGUCGAGGGUAAAGAUGACGCGCAUGCGCAUGCGGAUCGCAGAACGCCUCAAGUCCGCGCAGAACACGGCUGCCAUGCUCACUACGUUCCAAGAGGUGGGAAAGCUUGGGCCGCCGAAAAAAGGUUUUUUUUGGGGGCCCCCCACCCCCCAGGGGGGGGGGGGGGGGGGGGGGGGGGGCGACAGACAAAACCACCGAGGCUUCGCGGACGUGGAGAAGGCCAUCGCAGAGUACGGCAGGAAGGCUAAGGAGGGAUCUCUGGCGCUCGAAGACAUGGCUGGAGGGUCGUUCACCAUCUCCAACGGAGGGGUGUUCGGAUCUCUCAUGGGCACGCCCAUCAUCAACCCCCCCCAAUCAGCCAUCCUCGGCAUGCACGCCACCAAGAUGCGGGCUGUCGUCGGACCCGACGGUCAAGUCGUGGCAAGGCCCAUGAUGUACCUCGCCCUUACCUACGACCACCGGCUCAUCGACGGCCGGGAGGCGGUGACGUUCCUUAAGUCGGUUGCCCUUAAGGUCCAGGACCCGACGCGCCUGCUGCUAGACCUCUGAGUGCACCAACUCCAGCGGAGAUUUAAUUGUUCUCCCGUGUAAACUGGCGCCAGAAUAGAUGGGACGAGCGAACAUACACCUUUCCCAUGUAAGCAGGGUAUAGUUUUUGUCCUUUUUUGGGGGCACAUUAGGUCGAAAGCUCUGGAAGUGACGUGGAUCUGUGUGAUGAGCAAUCACUCGAAUACAUCGGCGGCCCUCAAGGGGGCAACGCAGAUGUGCCUUAUUUUGGUCGCGGCAGCGCAGGGGGAGGGGGUUCGCACGACAUACGUCGGUCGCGGAACCUGAAAAAGGGUUACCGUUAAACUAAGUUUCAUUUUUCUAGAUGCAGAUAUUUUUGAAAGCAGGAUGGUUCUGGUAGGCUCAUCAUGUGUUGUAUGUCGCACUCGGGUUGGGUUCUGUGUCGUGGUGGUGGUGGUGACGGCUAUGAAGAAGGUGUCGGCGGCACGCCGACUUCAACAUUUGUCGUAAAUCUCUCAUAUGAAAAGUUGGUAGCCGCACUACCAGGUCGAAAGAGUUGGCGAGACGGGGCUAGCUUUACGAGCGGAGCAAGGGACAGGGGGAGGGAUUCACACCGAUGACUACAAUACUUGUUUGGAGUUUCCCUUUCGCCAAUGUAUGACCCGGUCAGUCGGUGGGGGGAGAGAAACCUAGAUGAUGUCAUGUACGCGAGUGCAGGAAUCCAUGGAAAAAUGGACUUGUUUCAAUUCAC